GAGCCAGUUAUAUUCUUAGUACCUUUCAAGACAUGUUCAAUUUUAAAUUGCUUCUUUUGUUGUUGGCCGUUUCGAGGUUUCACCCUGGACUAGCUGUUCAGGAUGUUAAAACCGAAGAAGAAACAGUAGCAGAAUCUGAAACUAAAACUGAAGCUGAAACUGAAACUGAAGUUAAAACUGAAACUGAAGCUGAAGCUGAACCUACACUACAGCUUGAAGCUGAGUCCAAAUCCAAAGUAAAGCGUAACUCCACAUGCGCGUCAAGGAAUUGCAAUAUUUACUACAGGAACUACCAAUGGGCUCUUCAAGAUUGUGUGUGCCGUUGUUUCCAAAACGAAUGUCUCAUGGAAAUCGAGAACGAACAGCGCCGAAGAGAUUGCAAAACCCCCCUUGUGCCUGUUUCGGAGGAUCUCUGCCGCUCGUUCAUCAGCAAAAAGUGUAGCGUGGGCUUCCCCGUGGUUGCUGAGUUCCCCAUUCCAGCUCCUUGUGGAUGCAACCGAAAGCCAGGAUCCAUUGCCACCGAGCGAUUUUACAGCCUGUGCCACCUGCUGAAAUUCUCAUCCGAGAACUCAAAGCCAUUCCUCGCUUAUUCUUAUUGUUGGCCGUUCUAAUUGAAAGGGAUUCAGCUGGAUUACGUUUCGAACUUCUUUGUUUCUUUUAUUGUUUUGUUAUUUAUUCAUUUAAAGGGCGAUGGUAUAUGCUAAAUAAGGCAGUUAUUAUUGUUAUUUCCUAAUAAAAAUAUUUUUAAAGGCAA